GGGGUCCGUGACACUUAGCUGGUGACAUCUUCCAUGCUUCUCACUAGCGUGCUUCCUCGCUGUCUAUCUCUCUGGCCAAACCCUAGCCCUUCCUCCUCUCAAUCCUCAAUUCUCCUGAAUGCAUUCCCGUCUGCUCUCUAGUUCCACCUCCGCCGCCGCCGCCGCCGCCGCCUCCGCCUCUGCCUCCGCCGCUGCCACGACCGGCACCGCCGCCACCGCUUCCACCUCCGCCGGGAUGGCCGCUGUUGCUACCGAUUCGUCUCGCUUCUUGGAAAUCUUGAACUACCUAUGGAUUCCGCUGUUGAUUUCGCUGUCCAAGGAGCUCAAUUCGGCGAAGGCUCAGACGACGAUUCUUUUGCCGAGCGUGACCGAGCGUCCGCAAUCGCGGAGCUGCCCAGCACUGGACCCCAAUCUGAAUUAUCGGCCGGUUAUUGGAAUAGUGAGCCACCCCGGCGACGGCGCCUCCGGGAGGUUGAACAAUGCGUCGAACGCUUCGUAUAUCGCUGCAUCGUAUGUGAAGUUUGUGGAGUCGGCUGGUGCUCGUGUCAUUCCACUUAUUUAUAACGAGCCUAUGGAGAUUAUCAAUAACAAGCUCAGUCUGGUCAAUGGGGUGCUCUUUACUGGAGGACGGGCUAAAAUAGGUCUGUACUAUGAGGUUGUUGAGGCAAUUUUUAAGAAAAUUUUGGAGAAGAAUGAUGCUGGUGAGCAUUUCCCUUUACUUGCCACCUGCUUGGGUUUUGAACUCUUAACAAUGAUCAUUAGCAAGGACAAAAAUAUUCUUGAAGGAUUUAAUGCGACACAUCAGGCAUCUACUCUUCAAUUUAUGGAAAACACAAAUAUUGAAGGAACUGUAUUUCAAAGAUUUCCUCCUGAUUUGCUUAAAAAGUUGAGUACUGAUUGUCUUGUCAUGCAAAACCAUCGUUUCGGCAUAUCGCCAGAAAGGCUUCAAGAGAACCUGGAUCUUUGUAGUUUCUUUAAGAUCUUGACAACCAGCACAGAUAAAGAUAACAAGGUUUAUGUCUCAACAGUGCAAGCACACCAAUAUCCUGUGACUGCCGUCCAGUGGCAUCCUGAGAAAAAUGCUUUCGAAUGGGGUUUAUCAAUGAUUCCACACUCAGAAGAUGCAGUUCAAGUGACUCAACAAGUUGCAAACUUUUUUAUCAGUGAGGCUAGGAAGUCCUUAAACAGGCCACCUGCUCAGGAUGUGCUUGAAAAUCUCAUUUACAAUUACAGUCCCACUUACUGCGGAAAGGCUGGGAGGGGAUAUGAUGAAGUUUAUAUCUUUUCAUAAACCUAUACCUUGAAUCUUCGUUAGGGUUUCCUAUUUGUAAAACACGCGUUGCCCUAGCAACUCCAAUCUGUUAAUGUAAAACUUUGGAAAUGCAACAACUGUUAUUGUUAACUUGAUACAAAUGCUCAUAUAUUGGGUCCUGUUCCACAGGAUUCUAAACUGGCUGUGCUUGUUCCAUAUUUCAAUGUAAUUGAUAUAUUUGCAUAUCACUGCUAUCUGUACAAGAACAAUAAUAAUAAAAAGUCUUACGUCCUAUUAGGUGGGGCUGACUACAUGAAUCUUUUCCCGCCAA